GGCAGGCAGCCGGAGAUGGAGCCAGAGCUCGGACCUGGUGGUCCAUGAGCAGCUUCGUGAUGGGGAGAAGCGCCACAAGUGCUCAGAGUGUGGGAUGAGCUUCAGAUGGAGGUACCUCCUGAUCCGCCACCAGAGGAUCCACACUGGGGAGAGGCCCUACGAGUGUGGGGAGUGUGGGAAGACGUUUCAGACCAGAGGCAAUCUCCUCAAGCACCAGCGCACGCACACAGACGAGAAGCCCUUCCGCUGCCCUGAGUGCGGGAAGGGAUUCAGACGAAACUCCCACCUCAUCUCCCACCGGCGCAUCCACACCGGGGAAAAGCCCCACGAGUGUGAGGAGUGUGGGAUGAGCUUCAGCCGGAGCUCCUAUCUGAUCUGCCACCAGAGGAUCCACACUGGAGAGAGGCCAUACAGGUGUGAGGAGUGUGGAAAGAGUUUCAGGCAGCGUUCCAGCCUAAAUCUUCACCAAAUGAGUCAUACUGGGGAGAGGCCAUACGUGUGUUCUAAGUGUAGGAAGAGGUUUCCCACCCGCUCUCGUCUUGUAAUACACUACCAGACACACACGGAGGAGAGGCCCUACGAGUGUCCUGACUGCGGGAAGGGCUUCAGGCAAAAGUCCCACCUCAUCACCCACCGGCGCGUCCACAGUGGGGAGAGGAAAGAGUGUGACGAGUGUGGGAAGAGAUUCUCCCGCAGCUCAAACUUGACCCAACACCAACGGAGGCACCGUCAGUUCCGGAGGGUCCCGGCCAUGGCGAUGCAGGAGCCCCGCCCCAACCACACCAUCGACACCAACAACCUCAACGAGGAGAUCAACAAGGACGAGCUGAAGAAGUCCCUCUGUGCCAUUUUCUCCCACUUUGGGCAGGUUUUGGACAUUUUGGGCUGGCGCAGUCUCCGCAUGCGGGGCCAGGCCUUCGUCAUGCUCAGGGAGAUGAGCAGCGCCAGCAACGGCCUGCGCUCCAUGCAGGGCUUCCCCUUCUACGGCAAACCCACGAGGAUCCAGUUCCCCAAGAGGGACUCGGACAUGGCGGCCAAGAUGAAGGGAACGUUCGUGGGGCUGGAACGGGACAAGGGGCUGUCGGAGAACCCCCCGAACCACAUCCUGUUCCUGACCAAGCUCCCCAAGGAGAGCAAGGAGCUGAUGCUGUCCAUGCUCUUCCAGCAGUGUUUUUGGGGUUCCCGGGUUCAAGGAGCUGCGCCUGGUGCCCGGCGCCACGACAUCGCCUUGGUGCAGUUGGACACCGAGGUGCAGGCGGGCGCCGCCCGCGAGGCCCUGCAGGGCUCCAAGAUCACCCAGAGCAACGCCACAAAGAUCUCCUUGGCCAAAAGGGUCCCUCCCAGUCCUGCCCAGUCCCGUGUGGGGGCGCAGCCAAAACUCCCCGCAGUGAACAAGGAGUUCGGGGUUCGGAACGCGGCAGGAGGAGGAGGGAGGGAGGAAGAGGCGGAGCCGCAGCAGAAGCAGGAGGGGACAAGGAAGGAUUCCAGCGGCAUCCCGGAGCUGCCUGAACUCGCAGCGCCCCGGGACCAUCGCCCCCCAUCCCGCAGCCUGGUGGAAGAGGCCGUUUGCAGCGGCUCCAUGGCACAGGAAUCCAACAGGGAGGAAAAGCCGCAGAGAUCCCGCACCAGGAGGGGCUGCAAACGCAGAUCGCGGGGAUCUGAGGAGGAAAGACCCAGCCUGGGCCGGGCAGGCGGCCGGAGAUGGAGCCAGAGCUCGGACCUGGUGGUCCAUGAGCAGCUUCGUGAUGGGGAGAAGCCCCACAAGUGCUCAGAGUGUGGGAUGAGCUUCAGAUGGAGGUCCAGCCUGAUCCGCCACCAGAGGAUCCACAUUGGGGAGAGGCCCUACAAGUGUGGGGAGUGUGGGAAGAGGUUUCACACCCUCAGGAAUCUCCUCGUGCACCAGCGCACGCACACAGACCAGAAGCCCUUCUGCUGCCCCGACUGCGGGAAGGGCUUCAGGGAUAAUUCCACCCUCACCAAACACUGACGCAUUCCCACUGGGGAAAAGCCUCACAAGUGUGAGGAGUGUGGGAUGAGCUUUAGGCAGUGCUCCAGCCUGAUCCGCCACCAGAUGAUCCACACUGGGGAGAGGCCCUACGAGUGUGGAGACUGUGGGAAGAGCUUCAGGCAACGGAAGGAAUUAAUCUGCCAUCAAAGGAUCCACACUGGGGAGAGGCCAUACAAGUGUGGGGACUGUGGGAAGGGCUUCAGGCAGCGUGCACACCUAAUAAUACACCAUAGGAUCCACAAUGGGGAGAGGCCCUAUGUGUGCUCUAAGUGUGGGAAGAGGUUUCCCAGCAGCUCUGAUCUUGUCAAGCACUACCAGACACACAUGGAGGAGAGGCCUUACGAGUGUCCUGACUGUGGGAAGGGCUUCAAGCAAAACUCGGCGCUCAUCACCCACCGGCGCAUCCACACUGGGGAGAGGCCCUACGAGUGUGACGAGUGUGGGAAGAGCUUCUCCCGCAGCUCAAACUUGAUCCAACACCAACGGAGGCACCAGUAAGGGAAGCCCUGCGAGUGCCCAGAGUGUGGGAAGAGCUACGUGCGCUGCUCCAACUCCAUCCCCCACUGCAGGACCCACGCUGGUCAGAGCCCUGGUGACCCACAUUCCCUGGGAUCCCUGUUGGGAAAACACUUGCCUGGUACUUCCGUUGUUUUAGCCUUAGUUUUUCUCUCUUCUCCAUCUCUUUGUGCUCCAAAAGCCACAAGGGAUCGAUCUGUCCUCAAAAGCACUCAAAUUUAACUGAAAACACCUCAAUUUUUACUCAAAAAGUCUCAAUCGCACGUCCAAGUACCUUGUUCUCUCCCCAAAACAACUCAAUCCCACAUGAACCUUACCGGAUUCCAGAGCCGCCAGGGUGUGAAGGGGUUGGAAGGAGAUUGGGAGAAGUGGGAUCCAAAUUUCGAGCGGUGGGAUCAGCAUUGUGUGGGGCUGGCUGGAAGGGAUGGAUUUGUUACUAAAUAAAACUUUAGCAAUUCCUGAUUUCUGUCCCAUUCUCUUUCAGUCAGUUCGAGGUCUGUUUUCAGUGGCACCUUCUCAGCUGAUUGUGUUUGUGUCCUCCUUUCUCU